AACAAAAAAACGUUCCUAACAGAAAAUGGUCACCAUUCUGUCCAUAAAAGGCAUGAAUUUCAACCUGCGCCGAGAUAAAUACUUCAUCUCUGACCCACUUAAUGGCGAUAUUUUAGGCGGAGCUCUGACUUGUCUCGAGCCGCUCCACCGCCGGAGCCAUUAGAGCGGCGUCUCCUUCCGUCUCCCUGCGGCAGAAGCAGCCUCCUCUCCGGCCGCCUCCAUCGACCUCCAUCGGGGAAGAAGAAGACGCCGGAGGAAGCCGAGCGAGGGCGGACGUUGACGGCCAGCGGGCGCAUGUAAAGAAGUGCAUUGGAGUGGACGGCGGCUUUUAUUCUCAGUCUCCCAGCUCUCAUACCUCAUUGGUUUCAUUCUAUCAAACCCCCAACCAAAUUCUCCUUGAUUUGCACCUUCCACUGCUUCUCGCUGGCCCUCUCUGAGCUCCUGAGGCCAUGGCUGUGCCCUCAGCUCAUGAGUUUCACUGGCAGAGCUUGGCUCGACUGCCCAACGGCCGUGUUUAUCACACUCUGACCGAGGUUGGGGGGCAGAUGUACAUGCUGGGGGGCUGUGAUGCUUCAGGGAGGCCCUGCCCGAAUUUGGAAGUGUACUCCCCUGAGGGGGACCGGUGGAUAAGCCUGCCCUCUAUGCCCACUGCACGGGCUGGAGCGGCCGUGGCAGCACUUGGAAAACAGAUCUUAGUCGUUGGAGGAGUGGGGGAGGACCAGGGUCCAUUGAAGAUGGUGGAAAUAUACAACACAGAAGAAGGAAAGUGGAGAAAGAGGAGUUCCCUGAGGGAGGCUUUGAUGGGUGUGUCCAUCACGAUGAAAGAUGGUCGUGCUCUGGCCGUGGGCGGAAUGGGUGCCGACCUGCUCUCUCGUAACAUCCUUCAACAGUAUGACUUUCGAAAAGAUGUGUGGGCUCUACUUCCUCCCAUGCCGACGCCACGCUACGAUGCCAACGCACAUUUGCUGGACAACAAGCUCUAUGUAGCAGGUGGCCGGCAGUGUAAGCGGCCGGUGAAGGCCUUGGAGAUGUACGACACGGACAGCCGCUCAUGGACAACACUUCCGAUGCUGUCGUGCAAGUGUUCCUACGCGGGGGCCAUUUGGGACGCCGCCGGGAGGCUGUGUUUGCUGGGAGGACUGCGGCAAGGAGGAGGACAUCAGAGCUCAAAGUUUACCAGGAACGUCAGCGUUUUUGACACUCACCGAGGUGUGUGGCUGAAGUCUGAUGAGACGGUGGCCUUGAAGACGAAGAGAGCUGACUUUGUUGCUGCUGUGCUGCGUGACCGCAUGGUGGUGGCAGGAGGACUUGGUCAUGAGCCGUCUGCGCUGGACACGGUGGAGGCGUUCCAUCCUCAGAAGAAGAAGUGGGAGAGGCUGCCUCCAAUGGCGUUCCCCCGCUGCACCGCCUCCUCCAUCGUCAUCAGAGAUCGCCUUCUAGUAGUGGGUGGAGUUAACCAGGUACCCAGCCCAGCACAUGAGAUUCUGUAUGUCAAAGAAGAAGAAUACCUGUAGCCGGACCCAAGGAUGACCGAGCAUCAGUAGGAGCGGCCUUCUUAGUCCCACACUAUUUGUAAUAUACUUUAGUUGUGGACUAUCUGAGCCAAGCAUGUGGAAGUCUUCUUUUCACAGCGACCCCGCGUGAGACCACACUGCCACCUGUUGGCCUGGAAUAACACUGCAGCCUGCAAGGAGGCGUCAAGAGCAGGGGUGUCCAAACGGGGUUUGAUACAUUUUCUACAUUAAAGAUGCUCAAAUCGAUCUAGUUUCGGUCAAAGUACGCUCAGCUAUCUGAAGAAAUGAUCCACAAAGCAAAUUGGGGCGUAAUGUUUCCCAAAAGGGGUGUUGGCUUGCAACAAAAGGGAGUAAAAAAAAAAACAUAUACUGGUAAAUUUACUUCUAACUACCGUUAUUCCCGGACCAUCCGGUCUAGUCAGGUUUAUUAUAGGCCGCUUUAAAGGGGUCUUAGUAUAUAUAUAUAUUUUUUUUAAAUGGAAAACACUUCCUUGUGGUCUAGAUCAGUGUUUUUCAACCACUGUGCCGCGACCUGGUGUGUCGUGGGAGAUGAUCUAAUUCAGGGGUCACCAACGCGGUGCCCGUAAGGACCAGAUGAGUCGCCCCGCUGGCCUGUUCUAAAAAUAGCUCAUAUAGCAGCACUUACCAGUGAGCUGCCUCUAUUUUUUAAAGUUUAUUUAUUUACUAGCAAGCUGGUCUCACUUUGCUCGACAUUUUUAAUUCUAAGAGAGACAAAAGUCAAAUAGAAUUUGAAAAUCCAAGAAAAUAUUUUAAAGACUUGGUCUUCCCUUGUUUAAAAUAAAUUAAUUAAUUGUUUUACUUUGCUUCUUAUAACUUUCAAAAAUAAAAUUUUACAGAAAAAAAUACAACCUUAAAAAUGAUUUUAGGAUUUUUAAACACAUAUACCUUUUUACCUUUUAAACUCCUUCCUCUUUUUUCCUGACAAUUUAAAUCAAUGUUCAAGUCAAUUUAUUUUGUUCAUUGUAAAGAAUAAUAAAUACAUUUUGAUUUAAUUCUUCAUUUUAGCUUCUGUUUUUUCGACGAAGAAUAUUUGUGAAAUAUUUCUUCAAACUUAUAAGUAAAAUUCAGAAAAAUUAUUCCGGCAAAUCUAGAAAAUCUGUGGAACCAAAUUUAAAUCUUAUUUCAAAGUCUUUUGAAUUUCUUUUACAUUUUUUGUUCUGGAAAAUCUAGAAGAAAUAAUGAUUUGUCUUUGUUAGAAAUAUAGCUUGGUCCUAUUUGUUAUAUAUUCUAACAAAGUGCAGAUUGGAUUUUAACCUAUUUAAAACAUGUCAUCAAAAUUCUAAAAUUAAUCUUAAUCAGGAAAAAUUACUAAUGAUGUUCCAUAAAUUCCUUUUUUUAAUUUUGAAAAAUAGAUUCGAAUUAGCUAGUUUUUCUCUUCUUUUUUUCGGUUGAAUUUUAAAUUUUAAAGAGUCGAAAUUGAAGAUAAACUAUGUUUCAAAAUUUAAUUUUCUUUUUUUUCCUGUUUUCUCCUCUUUUAAAGCGUUCAAUUAAGUGUUUUUUUUCUACAAAAAACCUUCCCUAAAAGGAAAAAAAAUGUACGACGGAAUGACAGACAGAAAUACCCAUUUUUUUAAAUAUAUAUGGAUUUAUUUAUUAAAGGUAAAUUGAGCAAAUUGGCUAUUUCUGGCAAUGUAUUGAAGUGUGUAUCAAACUGGUAGCCCUUGGCAUGAAUCAGUACCCAAGAAGUAGCUCUUGCUUUCAAAAAGGUUGCUGACCCCUGCUCUAAUUUCACCUAUUUGGGUUAAAACAUGUUUUGCAAAGCAGUAAUUCUAGUCUGCAAAUGAUAUGUUGUUGUUGUUGAGUGUCUGUACUGUCUAGAUCUCAGCUGAGUAACAAUCUUAUACUCUUCCAUAUCAGUAGGUAGCUAAUUGCCUUGUAGAUGUCAGAACAUGCUUUGUCCUGUUCCCAAUAUGUGGAUGGCAGAGGGAGGCAGGGUGCAGGUAAAAAGGUAUCUAAUGCUAAAACCAAAAAUAAACAAAAGGUGAGUGCCCCAAAGAAAAAGGCAUUGCAGCUUAGGGAACAAGACUAAAACUGAACUGGCUACAAAGUAAACAAAAACAGAAUUUUGGACGACAGCAAAGACUUACUGUGGAGCAGUAAGUCUUUAACAACACUCAAUCAAAACACCGGCUGUGUUUUGAUUGCUAAAGGCAGCUGCAAUCCACCGCUUUCCACCAACAGCAUUCUUCUUUGACGUCUCCAUUAUUAAUUGAACAAAUUGCAAAAGAUUCAUCAACACGGAUGUCCAGAAUACUGAGUAUUUAUGCGAUUAAAUUGGACGACUUUUAGCCGUGAGUGGUGCUAGGAUAAAAUGUCCGCUCCAGCCAAUAAUGUCACAAACACGCGUCAACAUAAAUGUCAUCAUUCCACGACGUUUUCAACAAGAAAUUCCGCGGAAAAUAUAAAAUGACAAUUUAGUAAACUAAAGCGGCCGUAUUGUCAUGUGUUGCAAUGUUAAUAUUUCAUCAUUGAUAUAUAAACUAUCAGACUGCGUGGUCGCUAGUAGUGGCUUUCAGUAGGACUUUAUUACCACAAUUUUCUCACCGAAACCUGCCGGUUGACAUGUGGUCGGAAUCCAUGUUCGCUUGACCGCUCUGUUCCACAGUAAAGCUUCAUCUUUGGGAAUGUAAACAAGGCAACACCGGCUGUGUUUGUGUUGCUAAAGGCAGCUGCAAUCCACCGCUUCCCACCUACAUAUUUCUUCUUUGAUGUCUCCAUUAUUAAUUGAACAAAUUGCAAAAGAUUCAGCAACACAGAUGUCCAGAAUACUGUGUAUUUAUGCGAUUAAAUCGGACGACUUUUAGCCGUGAGUGGUGCUGGGAUAAAAUGUCCGCUCCAACCAAUAACGUCACAAACACACGUCAACAUAAGCGUCAUCGUCUUCAACAAGAAAUUCCGCGGGAAAUUUAAAAUUGCAAUUUAGUAAACUAAAGCGGCCGUAUUGGCAUGUGUUGCAAUGUUAAUAUUUCAUCAUUGAUAUAUAAACUAUCAGACUGCGUGGUCGCUAGUAGUGGCUUUCAGUAGGACUUUAUUACCACAAUUUUCUCACCGAAACCUACCGGUUGACAUGUGGUAGAGAACCAUGUUCGCUUGACCGCUCUGUUCCAUAGUAAAGCUUCAUCUUCGGGAAUGUAAACAAGGAAACACCGGCAGUGUUUGUGUUGCUAAAGGCAGCUGCAAUCCACCGCUUCCCACCUACAUCUUUCUUCUUUGAUGUCUCCAUUAUUAAUUGAACAAAUUGCUAAAGAUUCAGCAACACAGAUGUCCAAAAUACUGUGUAAUUAUGCGAUUAAAGCAGACGACUUUUAGCCGUGAGUGGUGCUGGAAGAACAUGUCCGCUCCAACCAAUAACGUCACAAGCACGCGUCAACAUAAGCGUCAUUAUUCCGCAAUGUUUUCAACAGACACUUCGCAAGAAAUUUAAAAUUGCAAUUUAGUAAACUAAAGCGGCCGUAUUGUCAUGUGUUGCAAUGUUAAUAUUUCAUCAUUGAUAUAUAAACUAUCAGGCUGCGUGGUCGCUAGUAGUGGCUUUCAGUAGGACUUUAAACAUUAAUUGAUGUAUUAUUAAUGUAUGAGAACCACUGGUGUAAUAAUAUAUCUCACUUAUAUUAAUAUCCCUGGGUCCUCUGAAUGUGGCGUCCAGCUAAAAUAUUGAGGUGGAGCACACACUUUUUAAGGUGUCAGGAGUGAGCUUUAUCAGCCUCACCACCCUUUGGACACCCCUGAUGGUGAAGUGGAACUCUUCAUAGCUUUCAAGGAAAAUAUUUGUACAGGCUCAACUAUUUCGUCUCUCAUGUCUAACAUUGAAUAGAUUUCUGCACACAUGCUUUCCAGUGUUGAGUUCCGCUUAUAAUAACAUGCAGCUUCUACUCUGCUGGGGUUUGUACGAAAUCCACAAGUUUUGACAGUUAUGGCUGCAGCAGAGAUGUCAUGUCGCCUGUAAGCUUUUGCAAUGAUUAUAUCAAAAAUAAGUAGCAGAAUUUCUAUUAGCUUGGUAUGGAAAACAUGUUACUGUCAGUCGGCUCUGUAUGUACAUAGAAAGGUUUACAGUAGUAACACAUGAAAAAUAUAAUAAAUAAAUAAAUACAAACCCUGUUUCCAUAUGAGUUGGGAAAUUGUGUUAGAUGUAAAUAUAAACAGAAUACAAUGAUUUGCAAAUCCUUUUCAAGCCAUAUUCAGUUGAAUAUGCUACAAAGACAACAUAUUUCAUGUUCAAACUCAUAAACUUUUGUUUUUUUUGCAAACAAUCAUUAAAUUUAGAAUUUGAUGCCAGCAACACGUGACGAAUAAGUUGGGAAAGGUGGCAAGAAAUACUGAUAAAGUUGAGGAAUGCUCAUCAAACACUUAUUUGGAACAUCCCACAGGUGUGCAGGCUAAUUGGGAACAGGUGGGUGCCAUGAUUGGAUAUAAAAACAGCUUCCAUGAAAUGCUAAGUCAUUCACAAACAAGGAUGGGGUGAGGGUCACCACUUUGUAAGCAAAUUGUUGAACAGUUUUAGAACAACAUUUCUCAACGAGCUAUUGCAAGGAAUUUAGAGAUUUUACCAUCUACGGUCCGUAAAAUCAUUAAAAAGUUCAGAGAAUCUGGAGAACUCACUGCACGUAAGUGAUGAUAUUACGGACUUUUGAACCCUCAGGCGGUACUGCAUCAAAAACCGACAUCGGUGUGUAAAGGAUAUCACCAGAUGGGCUCAGGAACACUUCAUAAAACCACUGUCAGUAACUACAGUUACUCGCUACAUCUGUAAGUGCAAGUUAAAACUCUACUAUGCAAAGCCAAACCCAUUUAUCAACAACACCCUGAAACGCCGCUGGCUUGGCUGGGCCCGAGCUCAUCUAAGAUGGACUGAUGCAAAGUGGAAAAGUGUUCUGUGGUCUGAGGAGUCCACAUUUCAAAUUAUAUUUGGAAACAGAGGACGUGGUGUCCUCCAGAACAAAGAGGAAAAUAACCAUUCGGAUUGUUAUAGGCGCAAAGUGUAAAAGCCAGCAUGUGUGAUGGUAUGGGGGUGUAUUAGUGCCCAAGGCAUGGGUAACUUACACAUGUGUGAUGGUAUGGGGGUGUAUUAGUGCCCAAGACAUGGGUAACUUACACAUGUGUGAUGGUAUGGGGGUGUAUUAGUGCCCAAGACAUGGGUAACUUACACAUGUGUGAUGGUAUGGGGGUGCAUUAGUGCCCAAGACAUGGGUAACUUACACAUGUGUGAUGGUAUGGGGGUGUAUUAGUGCCCAAGGCAUGGGUAACUUACACAUGUGUGAUGGUAUGGGGGUGUAUUAGUGCCCAAGGCAUGGGUAACUUACACAUGUGUGAUGGUAUGGGGGUGCAUUAGUGCCCAAGACAUGGGUAACUUACACAUGUGUGAUGGUAUGGGGGUGUAUUAGUGCCCAAGGCAUGGGUAACUUACACAUCUGUGAAGGCACCAUUAAUGCUGAAAGGUCCAUACAGGUUUUGGAGCAACAUAUGUUAUCAUCCAAGCAACGUUAUCAGGGACGCCCCUGCUUAUUUCAGCAUGACAAGUGUUAAAACAGCGUGGCUUCGUAAAAAAAGAGCGUGGGUACUUUCCUGGCCCGCCUGCAGUCCAGACCUGUCUCCCAUGGAAAAUGUGUGGCGUACAAUGAAGCGUAAAAUAGGACAGCGGAGACCCCGGACUGUUGAAGGACUGAAGCUCUACAUAAAACAAGAAUGGGAAAGAAUUCCACUUUCAAAGCUUCAACAAUUAGUUUCCUCAGUUUCCAAACGUUUAUUGAGUGUUGUUAAAAGAAAAGGUGAUGUAACACAGUGGUGAACAUGCCCUUUCCCAACUACUUUGGCACGUGUUGCAGCCAUGAAAUUCUAAAUUUAAUGAUUGUUUGCAAAAAUAAAAAUAAAGUUUAUGAGUUUGAACAUCAAAUAUGUUGUCUUUGUAACAUAUUCAACUGAAUAUGGCUUGAAAAGGAUUUGCAAAUCAUUGUAUUCAGUUUAUAUUUACAUCUAACACAAUUUCCCAACUCAUAUGGAAACGGGGUUUGUAGAUGGCGAUACAAUGUAGUAAAAUAAAGAGGGCAAAUGAACUCAAGCUUUUACACCAACAGCAAUACAAUUUUGUGGAUUUUUAUCAACUUCCCUCUCAGGUCGCGAUGUCACAGGUUGGAUUUUUGCUGAAGAUAAAAUGAUUGUUAUGAUA